AUGGAGACUGAGGCAGUUUUCAUGGAGGCUGUUUGGUUGAGGCAGGAGGAGACAGAUGGAUCUGAGGGAAGGGGAGAGCUGGAUAGGGCAUGGGAUAUGGAGGAGGAGAGAGCGCUCAAAUCUGCUUUCAAGGCCAACGCCAGGCUACAUAAGGCACGCUACUCUGACUCCAGGACAGUGCUGUUGGCCAGAGUCAAGAUUUACUCCUUCAGGAUGAGAAUCAUAUUUCUACUUUUGGUGUUUGUCAGUGUUUUGAGGGCAGCAGAUCCCAGAAGCUGCGAGUCCAGUUUGGAUCUGUCCACGAACCCCUCGUCUCUGUCAGAGGGACGGACCCUCGGGCUGGGGGACAUCCACACUCGCUCUCUGUCUCCCUGGACCUGGAGAAUGUCCACGGUGCAGACACAGAUCCCCUCGACUCUGUGGGAGGCCGAGUGCAGCAGCAGCGUGUGUCUGUUCCCCCAGGACGGGACAGCGCAGGGGGGUGGGGCCACGGCGGGUCAUGGCCUGGGUCUCAGCGCGGUACCCAUUCACCAGGAGCUCCUUGUGUUGGAGAGGCACUCGGGCUCGAACUGCUUCACCGCCUCCUUCCGGCGUGUGGCGGUGGGCUGCACCUGUGUCCGAUCUGCUGUGGGCUCCACAUGA